CCUCACGCCUCUGCGGCUCCAGCUGGCCGGUCCUAGCAGACCCUUCCUGGUCACCGCGCGGACAUGAUGGCUGUCCCGGCCGAAUGUGGCUACAUCCGGACCGUGCUGGGCCAGCAGCUCCUGGGACACCUGGAUAGCUCCAGCCUGGCCCUGCCCUCCGAGGCCAGGCUGAGGCUGGCGGGCAGCGGCGGCCGCGGCGACUCGGCGGCCCGGAGCCAGCGGAUCCAGGAGCAGGUGCAGCAGACUCUGGCUCGCCGGGGCAGGAGCUCGGCGGUCAGCGGGAAUCUUCACCGAACCAGCAGUGUUCCUGAGUAUGUGUACAAACUGCACUUGGUUGAGACUGACUUUGUUGGAAGGCAGUCCCCUGUCACUAGGGACUAUGACAUGCACAAGGCCGGCAUGACUGCCACUUACGGAAGUCGCUGGGGGAGAGGAACAGCACAAUACAGUUCCCAGAAGUCGGUGGAGGAGAGAACCUGGAGGCAGCCCCUGAGGAGACUUGAGAUCUCCCCAGAUAGCAGCCCGGAGAGGGCUCGCUAUGCACAGGGUGAAUACCAGUUUGCCUGGCGGAGCCAUGUGGUACCUGGUGGGCGCCUCACCUUGCCACGCUAUGCACGCUCAGAGAUCCUGAGCCUUCACCCGGCCGGCACAGCACGCAGACCACCCGGGUGUGGGUCACUUAGCGAUGCUGUCUUCGACAGUGGUCCACCCAACCCUGCGAUGCCCCCCCACCCUCCUGGCACCAGCCACAGCGCAGGCAGCCUGCUGGAGGAGACCGUGCGGGUGAGCCAGGCUCGUCAAAGCAGGACCGCCCGCUCCUCCUGGCCUCGAAGCUCACUCCGCAGCGUCCUGCGGGACCCAGGGGUGAUGCUUCCCACCGCGAGCCAGGCAGCUGUGGGCAGCGGGAACGCACGUGAGGACAGGAGCGCCUUCGCUGACGGCCAACUGGGGAAUGCAGACGUGGAGAUGACCUUGGAGCGAGCCGUGAAUAUGCUUGACGCAGACCGCGUGCCACUGUCCAGGAUCUCUGCUGCAGCCACUUUCAUACAGCAUGAGAGCUUCCAGAAAUCAGAAGCCCGGAAAAGGGUUAAUCAGCUUCGAGGCAUCCCGAAGCUCCUGCAGCUGCUCAAAGUUCAGAGUGAAGACGUCCAGCGGGCCGCGUGUGGGGCCUUGAGAAACUUGGUAUUUGAGGACAGUGACAACAAGUUGGAGGUGGCUGAGCUCAAUGGAGUGCCUCGACUCCUCCAGGUGCUGAAGCAAACCAGAGACUUGGAGACAAAAAAGCAAAUAACAGGUUUGCUCUGGAACUUGUCCUCGUGUGAUAAACUCAAGCAUCUCAUGAUAACAGAAGCCUUGCUCACCUUGACAGAGAGUGUCAUCAUCCCCUUCUCGGGGUGGCCUGAGGGAGACUACCCCAAAGCAAAUGGCUUGCUUGAUUAUGAUAUAUUCUACAAUGUCACUGGAUGCCUAAGAAACAUGAGCUCAGCUGGCCUUGAUGGGAGGAAGAUGAUGAGAAGAUGCGACGGUCUCAUUGACUCAUUGGUCCAUUAUGUCAGAGGAACUAUUGCAGACUACCAGCCAGACGACAAGGCCACAGAGAACUGUGUGUGCACUCUUCAUAACCUCUCCUACCAGCUGGAAGCAGAGCUCCCAGAUAAAUAUUCCCAGAGUAUCUACACGCAAAACCGGAACAUCCAGACUAACAGUAACAAAAGUAUUGGGUGCUUUGGCAGUCGGAGUAGGAAAGUAAAAGAGCAAUACCAAGACAUGCCAAUGCCAGAGGAAAAGAGCAGUCCCCGGGGCGUUGAGUGGCUGUGGCACUCCAUUGUGAUAAGGAUGUAUUUGUCCUUAAUUGCCAAGAGUGCCCGAAACUACACCCAAGAGGCGUCUUUAGGGGCUCUCCAGAAUCUCACGGCAGGAAGCGGCCCGAUGCCCACAUCAGUAGCUCGCAUGGUGGUCCAGAAGGAAAACGGUCUUCAGCACACCCGGAAUAUGCUGCACGUGGGUGAUCCCAGUGUGAAAAAGACUGCCGUCUCCCUGCUGAGGAAUUUGUCACGGAAUCUUUCUCUGCAGAACGAAAUUGCCAAAGAAACUUUACCGGAUUUGGUUUCCAUCAUUCCUGACACAGUCCCAAGUACUGAGCUUCUCAUUGAAACUACAGCCUCUGCUUGCUACACAUUGAACAAUUUAAUGCAGAACAGUUACCAGAAUGCACGGGAUCUUCUGAACACCGGAGGCCUGCCGAAAAUCAUGACCAUCAGCGCAGGGGAAGGCUACGCCCCCAACAAAGCCAGCAAAGCUGCCUCUGUCCUCCUGUACUCUAUGUGGGCACACACAGAGCUCCAUACGGCCUACAAGAAGGCUCAGUUUAAGAAGACAGACUUUAUCAACAGCCGGACGGCCAAAGCCUACCACUCCAUUAAAGACUGAUGAAGGUGAAACCAGACUGGAGAUGUCAGCUCCACAGUUCUCCACUAAAAAAAACAAAAACA